GACGGCAUAAGUCUCAACCUCCAUCUACCUCGUAGAGCUGUUCUUCUUUUUAUUUCCCUGCGAGAGCCGUUUGAGGAAGCUACAACCCUCAUAUUGUUUACAGCUGUUUUCAUAGAAGACGCGCCGCGCAGCCCAUCGCGGCGAAACAAAUAAUGUACGCAGGUUACAACAAUUCCCUCAUGCCUAUGCCUGUACCUGCGCCGGUACCUGCAGGGCCGGCAGCUGUCGUUAGCCCUUCUCCAGUGUUGGCUGCGCCACACGUCGCUGCACCGCCGGUGCCCCUGCCAGUGCCUGCUUUCUCCGCAUUGCCCUCUCCUUCUCCGUAUGUUCCCGUUGUCCCACGUCCUGCAGCAGCCCCCACACUCGCUGUGCCACCGGCUGUGCCACCCGCACCCCGACAGGCGACGUACGCAUUCGCUAUUCCCGUGCCUGUCCUCAGCAUUCCGGCCGUGGCACCUCCUGCUUCCACAACUCCACUUCCAAUGCCUUCCGUGGCCCUUCGUGGAUCCUCUUCUCCCCCCGUCGCAGCGACAGCAGCGCAGAUCGUGCCGGCACCGUGGCUCCAAUCCACCACACCGUCCCCGCCUCCUCUCACCGCUGUUCUCAACGCAUCGCCGCAUCCGCAGUCCGGGCGCGCUGCCCGGCCCUCCAUUACGAGGAUGGUCACCUUCGCUCUGCCGGGCGAGCGCACGGAGGUGCCUGCCGCGGCGGUGCCCGUCGUCACUGCCCCUCCUUCGAUAACUCUCACCGGGUCGCAGCCCCUCCACAGCGCGUUGCGCGUCCCGGCGCCGUCGGCCGCCCCAGUCGUCGUGCCGACGUUGCCCGUACCCUCCUCCGCGCCGAGUCCAGCAGCGCCAGCACUGCGUACCGCCAACACACACUACAUGCAAACAGCCACGACGCCCCCCGUGGCGACCCCUACGCUUCCUUCACUGCCGCCUGCGACUUCCUCUUUACUUGCGCUGCGUGUUCCCUCAGUACCCACGGCAGUUUCUUUGCCGCUACCUUCGGGACUCCUCCCACAAGCAGCAACAGCCGCUACAGGUGGUUCUGCAGUGCCUUCGCUUCACCCGGCCCUUGCAGCACCGCCAGCGUCGUGGACUCUAGCCGUUCCUACCCUUCCCAUGCCUGCUGUCGUUUCUCGUCCGCUCGCUGCGCCUUUGCCGACGCUCCGCGCAACGGAAGAAGAGGCACCGGCAACUCCACCGCCGCCCCCCGUGGCUGAGGAAGAAGAGUUGAAGAUACCAGACUACAGCAAGUGGCUGUACCCGGCACUGCUGAGCACCGCCGCCGCUCCAAAACCUGAAAUGAAGUUUCCGCUCGCGGAGACGAAGACCCCACACAUGCUACCUCCUGCGAUACUUCUGCAGUGGUGCGAGGCGGACGUACUGGCGUCUCUGCCGUUAACGCUGCCACCCGAGUACGUCAUUUUUGGAGGUGCACGGUACAGCGGUGCCCCGUUGGAUCUCCUGCGACCGCCGUUUGUGCCACAGGUCUCAUUUGAGAAGACGAGCGCGUAUUACGAGUCGGCAGAGGCGCAGCGCCUUCAGUUCCUCCUCGACCAGCUCGAUGUGGCGAAGAAUUACCUCAAAAUUGAGGUCAAACGAAUGGCGGAGGUGCGUCAUGUUGCGUCCACACCACCACCACCGGUAGACCCCGUUCCGUCAGCGUCGCGGAGCGGAGAGGAUGUGCUGUUGAAGCAUGGGGAGGAAGAAGACCUGAGCAAGGCCACCGUGUGGACCACCGCCUACUUCGGCUCCCCACAGCAGCUCAACCGCGUCCUCACGUCGAAGAAUGCCGACGGCGUGUUGAGCUCCGCCGGCUACGUGCAGUACCACCGCCGGCAGUGGGGCCUCAAGCGUACUGGCGAUACCUUCGUGCUUGGUCUCGGGAUGAAAGCCACAGCCUUGCAAUUUGCCGCCGCGGCGGGUAAGCUGGACAACGUUGUGCUGCUGCUGACAAAAGGGGCGAAGGAUAAUGCGUCCCCUCCCCUGAAGGAGAUUCUGUUGAAGGAGUCGAUGGUGAUGAUCACUGCCAUCUGUGCACCGCGUGUGCGCCCGCCACGCGUACGUCGCCCCGUCGCGACAGAGGAGACAUACAUGCAAGACACGCACGCCGGCACCACGUCCACCUUUGUGAAGGAGCAGGUGGUGAGCAUCGAUGACGCAGCGUAUCCCCACGCAGGGGCGGUAUCGUACCACGCCACGGCGUUCUCUUGA